ACAUGUAUAUCUGUUUCCCAAUAUCUUGCUCAAGCAACGUCGCACUGUAGGAACACAGCAAUGCCUCCAUUGUCGGGAUUCUCCGAUAAUCCGCUUGAGUCGCGCGAUGAUGUUGUUCGGGCGAGCCGCGCACUCAUCACUCCAUUGCUACCUUACUUUUCUCCUGCACGGGCGCGCGUCCGUAUACCUGUCACCAUUGGUACACACUUCGACGAAACCGCUGCUCAGCUCGAGGGCUUCGCACGCCCACUGUUUGUUGUUGCAGCCUUACUCCACGCUGGAGAGUCAGUCGAUGAGGUUUUGAAACCAUGGCUCGAUGGCUUUGUGGCAGGCACCGAUCCUGAGCAUCCCGAGUACUGGGGUGCUAUAUCGGACAAGGAUCAGAGAAUGGUGGAAGCUGAGAUGAUUUCAUUUGGACUUCUUGCCAUUCCGCGCGAGGUGUUGUGGGAUCGCCUUGAUGGGAAGACCAAGAGCAAUGUCAUCGAAUGGCUUCAUGGCCUUCAGGGCAAAGAUAUUCACACUUCCAACUGGCUCUGGUUUCGCGUCAUGUCCAGUAUCGCGUUGAUCAAAGUCUGCGGUGCUGAUUCACAAAAGCUUCGCACGCAGAUGGAAAAGGAUCUUGAGUUGCUUGACUCCAUGUAUCUGCAGGACGGUUGGUCAAGUGAUGGUAUCUGGCCCGAUGCUGAAGAAGUUUUGGCCACGGACGCACAGGUGUUCCGGGAGACAGGAAAGAGGAACCAGCGAUUUUGGUCCCGUCAGGCCGACUACUACUCUGGAAGCUUUGCGAUUCAAUUCAGCCAGCUGCUGUAUGUGAAGUUUGCGUCAGACUUAGAUGCUGAACGGGCGGGAAAGUAUCGGCAGCAAGCCAGAGACUUUGGAAGCCAAUUUUGUAGAUAUUUUGAUGAGAGUGGUGCUGCAAUUCCUUUUGGUCGAUCCUUGACGUACCGAUUUGCGUGUGCUGGAUUCUUUGCCGCGUUAGCAUUAGCUGAAGUCAACAACCUUCCGCCGCCUCUCGAUAAGCCUGGUGCAGUCAGGGGUUAUCUUUUGAGGCAUCUGAGAUGGUGGAGGGACCGCUCAGAAGAUAUAUUUUCCACGGACGGAACACUCAACAUUGGAUGGCUUUAUCCGAACAUGUUCAUGAGUGAAGAUUAUAACUCGCCACAAUCCGUAUACUGGGCUCUUAAGUCAUUUGUCGUUGUGGCACUAGCAAGUGGGAAUGUCUUCUGGACUGAAGCUGAGAGCGCAUACCCGAAAUCAUCAACAUAUCCCUCCGUCUCCUAUCUCCCUGCUCCGCGGCAGAUUGUGUGCAAUCAUGCUUCUGGGAACCACCACUUUCUUCUCAACCCAUCGCAGUACCUCACCCGGCCCUUCAAGAAUGCUAACGCGAAGUUUUGCAAGUUUGCUUACUCGUCAUCUUUCACUUUCUCCCUCUCAGUGGGAAAUAUCGUAGCGGGCCAACUUGCGCCGGAAAACUCCCUUCUCCUCAGUAGGGAUGACCAUGAGAAGUGGGCAACCAAGCAGACUUGCACCGACGCUAUCAUAUCCACCGCUUCUAUCAGGGGCUCUGUUCCGGAGAGCAUUACUGUAGCAUCGGCGCAAUGGUAUCCAUGGGCUGAUCGUCAGGUGUCCGUCACUACGACUUUGAUACCACCAUCAGAUAGGUGGCCCGAUUGGCACUUGAGGGUGCAUAGAAUUAAGAUUCAUCGAAACCUGGAGGCACUACAUACUCUGGAGGGAGGGUUUUCCAUUGCAGGUCGUCGACGGAUCGACGGAAGGUUGAUUCCCACCGUCACGCUGAAUGAAUUGGGAAAGGAUGCACAGUUGGGAGUAUCGGAGGGCAUAUACAAAGAAGGAAACGGCGCAGUAAUUUUCUCCACCGCAGGGGCGUCCGGCGUCGCAACUGCGGAACCGACUUGCAGCGACUCAUCCACUUCUAUCUCGAUCAUUAAACCGGAAGCGAACACAAAUUUAGCAGCACCUCGCACACUCAGUCCAGUGAUUGAACACUCGAUUCGUAACUUGUCAAGUGGUGUUGAACUGACAUUGUUGACAAAAGUCUUCGCUAUCUCAAGUGAGGCAAAUGGUGGAAGACAGCUUUCAGGAAAAUCGCUGGUGGAAAGAUGGCUUGAUCAACCGCAGGUAAAUUUUGGUCCCGUAGAACACGAUGAAGAAGUGGACCAUAUCAUCUUGGAUAUUUGA